GUCUGUCUUUUGGUCGAGACGUCGGGACUGGAGGCUGGAGGAGGUUGACGGUAGUUGACAGAUCGUGCCAGAUCGUGCUUGCCCGUGAUGGGUGUUACCUAAUUAUUCAUCCUGAAGCCUUCUGAGUUCUUACUUGAGUUAUUUCUCGCGACUUGGUACAAGGAAACUCUUUCUUUUCCCUCGUUGUUUUACAUUGUAAUAAGAAGAAAUUAAAAUGCCUGUCUUCCAUACCAAAACUAUCGAGAGUAUUCUCGAACCAGUGGCUCAGCAGGUCUCGAGACUUGUUAUUUUACAUGAAGAAGCUGAAGAUGGAAAUGCUAUGCCAGAUUUGGAACGGCCUGUACAGGCCGUCAGUAUGGCUGUGACCAAUCUUGUAAAAGUUGGAAAGGAAACAAUAAACUCAUCUGAUGAUGCGUUGCUUAAACAAGACAUGCCUGCAGCACUACAACGUGUCGAAGGUGCUUCUCGUCUUUUGGAGGAAGCGUCGGGCAUGCUGAAACAGGAUCCAUAUUCUGGACCUGCUAGGAAAAAACUUAUAGAGGGAUCACGUGGUAUUUUGCAAGGCACUAGUUCCUUGCUUCUCUGUUUUGAUGAGAGUGAAGUGCGAAAAAUUAUACGAGAAUGCAAACGUGUAUUAGAUUAUCUGGCUGUUACCGAAGUUAUUGAAACAAUGGAGGACCUAGUACAUUUUCUUAAGAAUUUAAGUCCAUGCCUGAGCAAGGUUUCAAGAGAAGUGAGCGCUCGCGAGAAGGAGCUAACGCAUCAAGUUCACAGAGAGAUAUUAGUGCGCUGCUUAGAGCAAGUCAAAACACUUGCUCCUAUUCUGAUCUGCUCCAUGAAGAUUUUCAUCCAUAUUAUUUCACAAGGUGGAAAAGGUGCAGAUGAGGCAGCGGAAAAUCGCAAUUACUUGUCUGGCAGAAUGUCUGAUGAAUUGAAUGAAAUUAUUCGAGUGUUGCAAUUGACUACAUACGAUGAAGAGGAAUGGGAUGCAGAUCAAUUGACUGUGCUGAAAAAGGCUCAGAGUGCUAUAGAAUCCAGGAUACGAGCAGCUUACGAUUGGUUAGACGACGGACUGGCUCUAAGAGGUGGCGUAGGAGAAAAGAGCCUUCGCCAAAUAAUAGAACAAGCGUCGCGUUUAGCAGAACGUUAUCUAUCUCCAUCGCAAGCGGAACCUAUAUCUAAAUUGGCUUCCCAGAUUGUUACUAUGACCGAUGCCCUUUGCGAACUGCGUCAAAACGAAAAAGGCACUACACCUCAAGCGGAAGCCUUAGCACGCGGUAUUAAAGAGAAAUUGAACGAACUCCGCGGCUCGGUAGCAUCCGCUUUGGUGGCAGCAGAUAAAUCGGGAACCGCACAAACGGCACACACAGUAACGGGUCGAUUAGAACAAGCGAACAAGUGGCUUCUAAAUCCACAUCACGAUGACAAGGGACUCGGUAAAAGGGCUAUAGCUUUAAUAAUACACGAAGGAAAGAAGGUGGCCGAGGGUUUACCAGGUAUACAUAAGGCGGAGAUUUUGCAAUUAUGCGACGAGGUGGACAACUUGUCGCAUCAGCUUGCCGAUCUCUGCGCCCAUGGUCAGGGCAAUACUCCACGUGCUCAGGAAAUCGCCCGCCAGCUAUCCCAUAAGCUCUACGAAUUGAAAAACAGGAUACAACAGGCCGUCGUGUCUCGCGUCGUCGAGGAUUUCAUCGAUAUCACGACACCUCUAAAACAAUUCACAGACGCCGUUUUAGCACCUGCGGGCACACCGGGACGGGAUCAGAACUUCAAUGAUAAAACAUGCACGCUGCAGACAUUCUCGAAUAGAGCGGCAAAGACGGCAAGGAUGGUCGCGGCUGGCGGAAGCGGAGGGAAUAAGAAACUGGCCGAAGCGUUAGCUGCCAGUGCCUCGCAAGUGGAAUCUCUGACACCGCAAUUGAUCAACGCCGGACGAAUUCGCAUGACUUAUCCAGACAGCAAAGCCGCGGAUGAGCACUUUGAAAAUUUACGACAGCAAUAUGCGGAGACGAUGCAGAGAGCGCGAGCAUUGUGCGACGAGGCGACUGACAGCGGCGAUUUUAUCAGAACUUCCGAGGAACAAAUGCAGAAACAUUCGUUUCUUUGCGAGGAGGCUAUUGCCAAGGCGCUCCCGCAAAAGAUGGUCGAUAACACGGCGUCUAUCGCGCGUCUCGCGAAUCGAGUUAUACUCGUAGCAAAACAGGAAAGCGACAAUAGCGAAGACCCUGCCUUCAUACAAAGAGUAAAUCACGCUACCGAUAUUCUUCAAAACAGUGUUGCUCCAAUGGUUCAGGAUGCUAAAUUAGUGGCAAUGAAUAUCAAUGACAGCUCUGCAGUAUCACACUGGAGAGAAAGUAAUCGCGCAUUGUUAGCCAACGUCGGGCAAGUUCGUAAAGCCAUCAUAAUUCGACCAGAUUUGGUGCCACCAUUGGAAAUGUCACAAUUACAUAUUAAUGACGAUGAACAAAUUCCAAUCAAAUAUAAUUACUCCAAAAAUAAAGUAGAGAAUCCCGAUCUUUUAUAUCAAGAACUGGCCUCUGACAACGAGUUAGAAAAAUCAAUUCACGACGGAGAUUAUUACGAUUAUAAUAUUGAUGAUGAAGUGGCACCUCCUCGCCCGCCUUUGCCAGGAGGCGAUAUUCCACCUCCGAGGCCUCCUCCUCCCGAAACAGACGACGAGGAAGAAAUGUUUAUGCACGCUCCUCAACCUAAUCAACCGAUAAUGAUGGCUGCCCAUGGUUUACAUCAAGAGGUACGACAAUGGUCGAGCAAAGAUAAUGAGAUUAUUGCUGCAGCGAAGAAGAUGGCUAUAUUAAUGGGAAGAUUAUCCGGAUUGGUCAGAGGUGAAGGUGGUAAUAAACGAGAUCUCAUUGCGUGCGCCAAAGCAAUUGCGGAAGCUUCCCAAGAAGUGACGCGUCUCGCGAAAGAACUCGCCAGAGAGUGCACUGACAAACGUAUUCGUACGAAUCUUCUUCAAGUUUGCGAGCGUAUACCCACUAUCGGAACACAACUGAAGAUACUGUCUACGGUAAAAGCCACUAUGCUCGGGGCACAAGAGACACUCCCGACCUGGGAAGAGCUGAUGCUUUAUGGUACGGAAGAAGAUCAGGAAGCAACGGACAUGCUUGUCGGAAACGCUCAAAAUCUCAUGCAAAGUGUGAAAGAAACCGUGCGUGCAGCAGAGUGUGCUAGCAUAAAGAUUCGCACCGCUUCUGGUAUGAAACUGCGCUGGGUGCGUCGUCAGGCAUGGUAUCAAUAUUAAAUGAUAAUAGAUGAAAGUACGAGGAGCAGGUGCAAGAUUUCGCUUCGUGUUCAUAUAUAUACAUAUUAGUUGAAACUUUUCUAUAAUUUUAACAUAUUAAGAAUACAUUAACAAUAUAUAUAAAUUUCGCGAGGGAGUACUAAUUAUGUGUGUUGCAUACUGUGCUUUAUAUAUUUUAAAGUUGAUUUAUUGAUUUAUUUUUUGUUUUAUAUUGUAAUCUAUUUUUUGCAUAUUUAAUAACUCAUAGACUUUUUUAUGAAGAUGUUUUCAUAGAGGGAAGCAAUAUGAAUGAUCAUGUAUUAUACAACGCACACGUUUUUUCAAGUAGAUAAGCAGCAAUAACAAAUAUUUAUCUCAUCAUUGUUUAUGAUUUUUAUAGCAUUCAAUUAACUUACCUUCUAUAAUGUUUAAUGAAAUAACCCAGCAUAAUAAAAUUUUUAAUUUUAUAAUUAUAAGUAUACAGCAUAGAGUGAAAACUAAUUUGAUCUCGUAGUUCAUUAUUUCAGAUAGAAAACAUUAUUUAUGCUACAUAUAUAUUAAGAAUAAUAUGAGGGUCGGAUGAAAAGUUUUAAACAUCACACAAAGAUGGAGAUAAAAUUUGGAAAUAAAAAUAAUUUUGAAUCAGGUUUUUUUUAUUUUUUAUUUUUAUUAGGUCGAAAACUUUUCAUACGACCGUAUUACUAUAACAACAGUAAUCAUACAUAUAUGACCAUAAUAACAUAUAAUCUUAGUAGAGGAGUGCACACACACAAUUAUAUAUAUAAAAUUUGUAUUAAUCUCUUUCCUUAUCCGAAUUAGAAUACUGUCCAAUACUGUCUUCAAAUAUAUAUAUAUAGGAUUAAAAUAUUAUAUUUUUACAAAAUAAAUACGAAUAUAAUUACACUUAAAAUUGCUAAUAUUAAACGGCUCUAUGCGU